GAAUGGAUCAACUGAUGUAAUCCCCUCUUUGCAACCGAAAGUUUCUAUAAGCUUUACCCCUCUUGUUCUUUCGAGUAACGCAGAUAUUUUUCUUUCCAACCCUUCAUGGACAUGAGGUGGUCAAUGAGUUUCCUUGGAAUCUUGAUGUCAUACUGUUUGCAUGGUAAGAAAUUUUUUGGAGCCAUAAAUAUUUUUGUUGCGUUCCGUACUUUUGUAAACAAAAGCUUUUUUUCUUCAGAGCAAUUAGUUGUAAGCCUAUAAGUUUUGCGAAUUUAGUGAGCCGGUGGAAAAUUAAUUAAGACCUUCUUUCCUUAAUCAACAUCUGUUAUUUAACAAAAUACUUAACAAUCAGGUUGUUCUUUUACGCUUCAACGAUUGUUAUUUAGAAAACUUGUUGUCAAUUACGGGUGGGUUAUGUUCUGCUUCAUAGGUGGUAGGUCGUGCGAGGAAACAAGUUGCCUUAUUUGUUAUUAAGUCUAUACUUUAGGAGAUAGGAUCAUUGGGAAUCUACGAUAUAGAUUUGCAAACGCUUGAAUCCUCCAAUUAGGUCGUAUUUAUCAGGGCAAGAGGAGAGUUUACGCGUCUUUUCGGUAACAGCGUAAUUUCUAUGAGAAGCAUGAAACCUCAUCGUACUAAUGCUAUCAGAGUGCGUUUGAGAAUCUCGUUUUUAAAUUGGAAUCUCGAAAUCCCGCUGGAUUCUUCUGUAGCUAAUUGACGGUGCACUGAAUCAGAGACGCAUUCCUUUUUGCAGAAAGGUGUCUGAAUCGAGCAAGACAAAAUGUUAUUUAAUCGCCCCAUGUAGGGGACCAAAGACAGUCUUGGAUUCUGGUUUCCAAGCUAGGGAUUCCGGAUUCCAGCUACUGGAUUUUACCCUUUGUCAGUGGAACUUGGAUUCUCGAUUCCAAACGUUAGUGAGAUUCCGGAUUCCUUAAGCUGAAUUCCGGGAUUUUAAGAUCAGAUUCCGGAUUCGGGUUUCCGUCUCCGGAUUCCGAAUUUUGGUAUGCGGAUUCCGGUAUCCCAAUUCCGUUACAUGGGGCGUUGUCUAAUCUGGGCGUUGUGUCAAUUAAAUGAGUUUUCUUGUCUUGGCCUCUAAUUUUUUGGUUUUCAACUCUAAUUCUUAUUACUUCACCACUAUGGCUUCUUUAAGACGAGUGCCUGUAAGGAAUCUCUGUAAAUCAUAGAUUUCACAUCAUUUUCCAGGGAUCCAUGCAGCUCCGAGCCUAGGGUCAUUCGAAAGCGCUGAGCCUCCGAGUGCUUUAAAAGUGGUAAGGACAGUAUCACAAGAGAUCCAUUGUCAUCCAUUAAAUACGCCAACAGUCUGUGCUAUAGUCACUACUUAUUACCUUUACCCUUACAUAAAAUGCUCCUGUGGAGUUAUUAAACAAAUUUCACAAGGGAGCACCAACCAUAACAUUACUUUUGGAGAUUUUGAAGGAAUAGCAUUAACUUUUAAAAAGUUGACCCAACUUUUUCAAGAUUCAAUCCAUGUUUAUCCCUGCCAUCCGUAGCAACAGACGACAGGAAACUGUUUCAAUAUCUAAAUAUAGUCAAGAAUAUCAUCAUUUUUGAAAUGCAAUUGACGAGAGGACGCGUUAGCUUUUUAAACAGGCGAUAGAAGGGGAGGGUGCCAUAGCUUAGCAAGAAGUGCUACCCUAAAACAGUCAAAUUUUUAAUUUUUUUUUUAAAAAAAGCAAUGGAGCUUUUGUAUGCCAUACAGUGUUUUUUUUCUUCCAUUUCCUGGUUUGGCCAGGAACAUUGUGGAUAGGGGAAAUGAAGGCCGCAUAUUAAAAUGUUGACCUGUUUUGUACCGUGGGGGACUGUACAAGACAGAACAUUAUUGGUUCUCACAAAAAGACCUGUAUACUCAGAAAGCACACUCUGAGGUGAGCAAAAUCCCAAAGUUUGGUGUCUGUCGAGAUACGGCUAUUCGAACUCUCCAAAAUUUGAUAAAGACAAGUGUCUGGAGAUCCAUAUAUUCAACUAUUUGAAUGGUCGUAUCUCGACUAAAUUUUACUUGACAAAAGUCCCAAACUAUUUUUAAACUGGUUGUCAAUUGUUGACUCUUCAAUUUUGAAAAAAAAAUCAUUUUUAUCCAACUGACAUAUAAAAUACUAAAACAAUUAUCUCCGCGUGGUAGGUUCAAAACAGUUGACAAUUAUUGGGCGAGGUCGAGCAAAAUAUCGUGAUUUGUCAGUGGCGAGCAUAUCAGUUAUUUGUCGAAGCCGAAGACCGAGGCAAAUACUUGAUCUGCGAGACAGUGACAAAUCACGAUAUUUUGCUAUAACGGAGUUCAAUAAUUGUUUUAUCGGUCGGUCACCGAGUUUGUUUUGGAAUGAAUUUCUUUGGGAAGCGGAAAGCUCGCUGCCUUACAGGAGUAAUGACAGAGAUCAAAUAAUUUUAUUCUGAUUUCAAUAAUUUAUUCUUUCGUCUUUUAAGAACAAUUAAGUUUACAGUCUUCUUACAGUCUUUGUCAUAUCACUAUUCCGCGAGCUUGGGUGCACGAGAAAGGGUGGUGUGAUUUUGCCGAGCUCUCCUAGUUGAAGUAAGUAGGUUCGCUAAAGCACCCUUCCUUUAUGUAAACGGGCCCUUAGGCUAUAUGGAGUUAAAGUACGGCUUAAGCUCCAAGGAAUCUAUUGACCAAUUGUUUACUUUUAUCUUUUGCCCUUAGCAUAGCAAUAUAGUUUGUGAAGGACAGAAAGCUUAUAUAAAAUGCGAAAGCAUUUUCGAUCAAAUCGAAAUAAUGGGAACGAUGUAUGGUCGUAAAGAUAAAUCAACCUGCGUCCACCCGAGCAUUCCUUCGGAAAAACAAUGUCAGGAACAGGAAACCCAAGUGAUUGCUCAUGUGAGAGGCCUGUGUGAUGGGGAACGCAAAUGUGAGGUGGCUGCAAACAACCAGUUCUUAGCGAAGGCUGGAACCACCAUUUGCCCUGAGGUGUACAAGUAUCUGGACAUAAAAUACAAGUAAGGUUAUAACUGACCACUUUGUCUCUUUUUACCCUGGCCCCCGGCAAGUUGUUUAAAAGGUGGAUAGCUCUAUCCACAGGAUAGAUCACUACCCAGUGGAUAACACACUUGUUUUCCCUAUCUCCUUAUUCACUGUACUGGAUAGGGAUUUAUUCAGUGGAUAGCGCUAUCUAUAUUUUUGACAACUGGGGCUAGGGCCUAGUUGUUCAAACUAUAAACACGAUAACGCUAUUCACUGGAUAAAUCUCUGUCCAGUGGACAACGCAAUCUGGGGUGGAUCCAGGUGCUUAGCAGAGGGGAUUCGAUGAAAGGGGACCGUCGAAAGCGUCUCCCCUGUAGGGGUCCGAUGUCAUCCUCCCCCGGAAAUUUUUGAAAUUUCAAGUCCUCGGAAACGCGAUUUGCACCAUUCUGAGGCAAAGUCAACGUGUUUUAAUAUCUCAUUUUUUUUAAGUGAAAAAAAGUGAAAAUGCCAUUCUUUUACAUCAAAAUAUAACAAAGUUGCGUAAAACGAUGCAAUAAACUGAGCCCAGUUAUAGCGGAUCAAUUGAGGUUUUUGUGUGACUGACCACCUACCCAUCCCUUAAGUCUACAUUGACACUUACUUCUCACUUAGGGCAAAAUUGUGACUUAAGGGAGGGAUAGGUGGUCCGUUGUGGCAAAGACAUUUUCUAGUCGCCUGGCACUUCAUUUUAUCGCCGGUUUCAAGUUAAUUUCUAUCCUAUUCCCAUAAGCAGGAUUUCCUUUUAUGGUGUCAAAAUGUGAGAAGUAAUAAACUGACUUAAGAAUUAUACAAAUUUUACAGGUGCGUGCCUCGAACUUCUUAUUCGAACGUAGACGGUGGUUCGGAAAACGGCCAAACAGUGAGUGAAGUCAUCACCACAAACGGGGCGGGUCUGUCUUCCUCAUCAGUCACAUCAUCUACCUCCACCUCUACCUACUCUUCGGUCCCUGAAAUUACAGUACAAGAGCACGUCAGCACUGAGCCAGUCACUACUGCCACAUCACAAGGAUCUGUUACACCAAUUAAUACCCAUAAGGACGUCACAGAGGAAUUCACUCAAUCUGAAGGUACCUCUGACGUCAUAUCAGAGACGUUUCCAAGCAACGCAGGGACUUCUUCACCGGAGGAGGUUAACGAGACGUAUAAAAAGUCAGAAACACCCCUAAGACCGGACGAAGUCGAAGAUGGAUUGGAAGAAGGAGAGGAAGAGAAGAGCGGCUCAGGGGAAUUAGACGGAUUUGAUGAAGAGCCUGAUGAUGCUUUGUACAGAAGAUGA